GCGGGGGAGUCUCCGAGCCAGUUCUCGCGGUGCCGGGCGGGCUCGGCCCCUUCCCCGCCCCGGCGGAGCGGUGACUGUGCACGGCGAGCGCCGAGCCGGGCGCGGGGGCAGCCCUCCCGCUCGUGCCCCAGCCACGACAUGGCCACCACCGCCACCUGCACGCGCUUCACCGACGAGUACCAGCUCUACGAGGAGCUCGGCAAGGGAGCCUUCUCUGUGGUCCGUAGAUGUGUGAAGAAAAGUUCAUCACAGGAGUAUGCUGCAAAAAUCAUCAACACCAAAAAGCUGUCAGCCAGAGAUCACCAGAAACUGGAACGAGAAGCUCGAAUCUGCCGACUUCUAAAGCAUCCAAAUAUUGUGCGACUCCAUGACAGUAUUUCAGAAGAAGGUUUCCAUUACCUCGUCUUUGAUCUGGUCACUGGUGGGGAGCUCUUUGAGGAUAUUGUGGCCAGAGAAUACUACAGUGAAGCAGAUGCCAGCCACUGUAUUCAUCAGAUACUGGAGAGUGUGAAUCACAUUCACCAGCAUGAUAUCGUGCACAGGGACUUGAAGCCUGAGAACUUACUACUGGCAAGUAAAUGCAAGGGUGCUGCUGUCAAACUGGCGGACUUUGGCCUGGCAAUAGAAGUCCAGGGAGAGCAGCAGGCCUGGUUUGGGUUUGCUGGCACUCCAGGCUACCUCUCCCCUGAAGUCUUAAGAAAAGAUCCUUAUGGAAAGCCAGUGGAUAUAUGGGCAUGUGGAGUGAUUCUGUACAUAUUACUAGUGGGGUACCCUCCCUUUUGGGAUGAAGAUCAGCACAAACUCUAUCAGCAGAUCAAAGCCGGAGCCUAUGACUUCCCAUCACCUGAGUGGGACACUGUGACUCCCGAAGCAAAGAACUUGAUCAACCAGAUGCUGACGAUAAACCCAGCAAAGCGCAUCACAGCUGACCAGGCUCUCAAACAUCCAUGGGUCUGUCAACGAUCCACUGUUGCUUCAAUGAUGCACAGGCAGGAGACUGUGGAAUGCUUGAGAAAGUUCAAUGCAAGAAGGAAGCUAAAGGGCGCAAUCCUCACCACGAUGCUUGUGUCUCGAAAUUUUUCAGCUGCCAAAAGCCUGCUGAACAAGAAGUCAGAUGGAGUGAAGAAAAGGAAGUCGAGCUCCAGUGUGCAUUUGAUGCCGCAGAGCAACAACAAAACCAGUAUAGUAAGCACUGCAAAAGAAACACCCCCAGUGCAGACGUCCAUGGAGCCUCAAACAACUGUUGUCCAUAAUGCUACAGAUGGCAUAAAGGGUUCCACAGAGAGCUGUAACACCACUACCGAAGAUGAAGAUCUGAAAGCUGCCCCGCUCUCCACCGGGGAUGGCAGCUCAGUGCUUGAAGGACGGAGGCACAGUGAGAGCAAAACACAGACUGAAUCCAUGCAGUCCCAGCUUUCUCUCUGUUUCUCAGCCACUACAAAGUCUUGUGAAGAGAAGCUUCUUGCCUGGGACAGCCCAGGGCAGACAUUGGAGUUAGAGCGAGCUCGGUCGGAGCCUUUGCUAACUCCAGUAGUUCCCUUUGUACUUAACCGCGCACCGUUGCGCAAACAAGAGAUCAUUAAGAUAACGGAGCAACUAAUAGAAGCCAUCAACAACGGAGACUUUGAGGCUUAUACAAAAAUCUGUGAUCCUGGCUUGACCUCAUUUGAACCUGAAGCACUGGGGAACCUGGUGGAAGGAAUGGAUUUCCACAAGUUUUACUUUGAGAACUUACUGUCAAAGAACAGCAAGCCGAUACAUACCACCAUCCUGAACCCACACGUCCACGUCAUUGGCGAAGAUGCUGCCUGCAUUGCCUACAUCCGCCUGACACAGUACAUCGAUGGCCAAGGCCGGCCCCGCACCACACAGUCGGAAGAGACCCGUGUUUGGCACCGCCGAGACGGCAAGUGGCUGAACGUCCACUAUCACUGCUCUGGAGCGCCCGCAGCACCUCUCCAGUGAGGAUCCAACACGGCGACUUGUGGUGAUACCCAGCUGGAGGGCAAUAUCUUCCUAGCGAGCAGCUCUGGAGUGCCUGAGUGACAGCGACGGUCAUGUCUGUUCUGACGUUAAAAAACAAAAAUACAAAUUACAAACAGGCAGCAGCCAAAUGCACGAAACCCUGCAUGCAUCUGAUGCUCCGGGCGCUGCCUUCCUGUUGUUUUCCAUGGAUCCAUCGUGUCUGUUUCUGCUGUACGAAGGUGUUUUUAAAUCUAAAACAAAAAAAAAGACAACUUGUUUGUAUAAAAUAAUAAAAAACAGGAAUAAUGCUAAAUAAAUGACAGAUUAUCCAACAUGCCCCCUCCCCCAGGGCUAUGAAAUGGCAGCAGCUGGACAUCUUUCAGAAAUGAAGUGGGGGGGGAAGCAAAAGUGAAGGAGAGAGAAAGAGAGAGGGAGAGCAGAAAAGGAGGCGGCUUGAGCAGUGGCCGGCUGGGCUGUGCUCCACGAAGCCACGGUGAAGGUUACCAUCGCACUCAGGCUGUAGCGCGGCAUCAGUCGGCCAGAGGUGGCGAGGGGACCCCAGAGGAGCCGGUGUGAAGACUUGGGGUUCGAGAGGGAGGAGGCGCUUCUCUCCCUGGUGCCCGGCAGAUGGACUUCAGCCUGAGGUUCCUCUUGGAUUCCUGCACAGCAAGAACGCUAUGGAAAGCCAGUUGCUUGGCUGCUGGAUCCCAAGACAGACUUAUUUUUUUCUCUUUGUAAAGAAAAAAUGGGAUGUUGAUUUAAAACUAAAGGUGGAAGUAGGGAUUGAAAAAAAUGGGUUUAAGUGAAUAUAACUUAAAUAGAAGCUUGCUCUUCGGAAAUAUUGGUUUUAGAAACAGCUACUACCUGGCCAAGCACGGAGGUUUGAAGCCAGCUUAUUUAAUGUAACGAAACCAAACCAAACAAGUGUUGCAUUAAGAGCAGAGAUGUUAGAGGAAGAGGGUACAUGUAUGGGAUUCUCUGUUCCUUUCUAGUAGCAUAGCUGGGAUCCACAGUGCUGCAGAACACGUGUUCCUUAGGAAGCAGACAGCAAGCAUAGUGUUAUGUUCUUCAUGAAGACUUGCACAUACACUCCUAUACGAGGCAUAAAUAGUGUGUGUUUUUUAUACGGAAAUAUAUGCACCCAUAGAACUCGAGGGGCUUCCUGGCCCCCUGUUUGGUUCGUUUGGUCUCCGAGUAAAGCCACAGUGGGAGCCAGCAGCCCCAGCCUGGUGCUCCUCCCACCACAGCCCCAUCCCAUGUUUGUAAGCGUCAUGUUUCCUAGUGUUUCUUUGGGUAAGUUUUCUAUUUUUUACAGUGAUGUUGUAACACAGAGAACUAUCAGAUCAGAACCUCAGAACCCACAGGGAAGGACUCCAGGCCACCUCCCGGUGUUGCUUCUGGGUGUUGAAGGAUACCUCAGGAAGCCGAGGGGACAGGGAACUGGCACGAGUGAUCUGGUGUUUGUCCUUUGAGCCAAGACACGUCCUCUCUUUUUCCGUGCUGCAAAAGGAGCCCAUUUCCUUUGUCCUUUUGGUGGGGAACAUGGAAGUGUUUGUUGUCCUUACCCAGGAGGGAGCUCAGCCCCAAGAAGAAAAUGGCCUUUCUGGCAGACUGAUAGGAUUUGUCUUGACCAAGGGAAGGCAUCACUUCCAGCAGCUGGGAUAAGCUGCUGAAUUUCUGUCUGCCCCUUAUCGUUUUUUGGAUCUUUGGAGGGAGUUAAAGCAAUUGCAUUGACAUCAGACUAAGAGUGAGGCAACCUUUUUACAGACUAUGGAAGAGAAGAAAGCCCAUUUGGAAUUUUAAUCCUUUAAGAGAAUGCAGAAACUAAAAGCUGUCACACCAAGUGGAGCUGUUGCUUUCCCGGAUGAAGGGAAAGACCAUCCCCACCUCCCAGGUUUGUCUGAGCAAACACCCUUUUCUCCCUCCCCCCACUACCCCAAGGAGGAGCAGGGGAUUGAACCUGUGGGGGCAAACACUAGAUUUUAUAUUUCGAAGUGUUUUUAAGGCAGCACUAAGCCAGUGGGUGGAGAAGUGAAAAGCCUUGAUAUUUUAUUCGGAUAUUUUAAAGCCAGAAGGAGAGCGGAAAGCAGAGAUAACAAUGAUGCCAUCAGAAAAAGAGAAAUACAAAGCAUUAUGCAUGCCUUCUUUAGGUCUGAUCUUCCUUGUCUCUUUACCUGAUGAUUAUUACUAAUUAAAAAGAACCCCCUCUGUAUUAAGUAUCUGCAUCUUUCAGAGAAAAUUGAAAAAGAACAGAGCUGUUGGGGUUUUUGGUUUUGCACAGUCUUGGAGACAAACUCUCUUUUCGGUUUUUUGUUUGUUUGUUUUGUUUCCUUUUAAGUUAAUGAGACCCUUAGCUUGGUAUGGCCAUUAUCAAACACAGCUGUACACCUUUAGCAUCCUUAAUGUUCUCUUAUGGGGCUAUAUAAGCAUCUAUAUAAUAUAUAUUAUAAAUAUCACAUUUUAAACAGGAAAUGGAAGGCAUUUGAUGCAGAAUUUUUGCAUGACAUAGAAAUAACUAAAGUUAGCUAGUGUUUGUUUGUUUGGUCUGAAUGUUGGUAGAACCUUCAUAGCUUUGUUACAAUGAAACCUUGAACUGAAAAUAUUUAAUAAAAUAACAUUUAAACAGUGCAAGGGUUUGGGUGUCA